AUGGCUGCGAUGGCCACUCGUUUCGGCGCUUCUUCGGCUCGCCUUUUUCGCGCAAAUAUGGCCUCUACCACUCGUCCUGGACAACAGGCUCGCCAUCUAUCCUUCUCCUCUUACUUAAUCACCUCUACCCAGCUCAAUGAAGCUCUCAAGAAGAACCCGCCGACCAAGAUCUCGACUUCCCCGCGAGUGAUUCCUCUUUGCGCAGCCUGGUUCAUGCCCAAUGACCCCGAGGGUCGCACGGGCAUUGACUCAUUCCGCCAGUCCCGCAUCCCGCAGGCACGCUUCUUUGACCUCGAUGCGGUUAAGGAUCACGAUUCGCCUUACCCCCACAUGCUUCCGACCUGCGAGACAUUUGCUGAGGCAAUGAGUGAGCUCGGCAUCCGUCGCGACGAUGAGGUGGUUGUCUACGAUACAGCCGAGCUGGGUAUCUUCAGCGCACCCCGGGUGGGCUGGACCCUGCGUGUGUUCGGCCACCCCAAUGUUCACAUUCUUAACAACUACCGUCUCUGGACUCGCGAGGGCUUCCCCACCGAGAGCGGCGAGCCGGCUCCCGUUGAGAAGAGCCGUUAUCCCGUGCCGACUUAUGACUCUAAGAUGGUGAUCGCCUUCCGUGAGAUGAAGGAGCUGGCAUUGGACUAUGGCAAGGAGGGCGCGGAGGAGGUCGAGAUCCUGGAUGCUCGCUCAUAUGGUCGCUGGGCUGGUACCGACCCUGAACCGCGUCCUGGUCUUUCCUCUGGUCAUGUCCCUGGCUCCAAGAGCUUGCCGUUCCAAGCAUUGCUUGACCCCGAGACCAAGACUUAUCUUCCCGCCGAACAGUUGAAGAAGGUCUUUGAAGAUCACAAGGUUGACCCUUCCGGAUCGAUCAUUAGUUCUUGCGGCACUGGUGUUACGGCGACGGUCAUUGAAACCGCAUUGGGAGAGGCAGACUAUGGCAAUCCCAAUCUCCGCCGGGUGUAUGACGGUAGCUGGACUGAAUGGGCUCAACGUGUCAAGGAAUCUGACGGCCUUAUCAAGAAGGUCAAAUCGUAG